AAAUAGCUACGCUCUGGACCGACCGCAGCCCCGGCCGCUCACAGGUGGAGGGUCCCGGGGCCUAGGACGGUGGCUGGGAAAGAGGAAGCGCCGGCAGGGGGUGAAGAGGCCGGGUCCAGAGCCGGGAGGCGCGCGGGGGUGGGCGCCGCAGCCGCGGGUUGUUUAUCUGGAGUACGGAGGGGAGAGGGGAGCCUGGAAACCGCCCCGUGUCCCAUUUCCUCCUCUUGUUUUCGCUCCGGAUUCUCCAUGUUGGACCCAAACUGAGGAGCCCGGAGCUGCCACCGGGGGAUCGGGGCCGGGGGCACCCGGGGAGCCGCUGCCCGGGCCACCCGCCCUCCGUACAGGCCGCCUUCCUUCCCGGCCCGGGGAGGAAACAAGAGGGGGGAUGUGAACAGCUGUGGGAGUCCGAGUCUCGGGAGCCAGAGCCGGAGCGGGCUCCCGCGCAGGGCCCCCAGCACAACCCAACCUCCCUGCACGCCCGCCGGUCCUCCCGCCCAGCCAGCCCGGGCCCGCGGGAUUGUUAGAUGGAACACGGCUCCAUCAUCACCCAGGCGCGGAGGGAAGACGCCCUGGUGCUCACCAAGCAAGGCCUGGUCUCCAAGUCCUCUCCUAAGAAGCCACGUGGACGUAACAUCUUCAAGGCCCUUUUCUGCUGUUUUCGCUCCCAGCAUGUUGGUCAGUCAAGUUCUUCCACUGAACUUACCGCACAAGGAGAAGCCAACACCAUUGCUAAGUCGGAUCUCCUCCAGUGUCUCCAGUACCAGUUUUAUCAGAUCCCUGGGACCUGUCUGCUGCCGGAGGUGACAGAGGAAGAUCAAGGAAGGAUCUGUGUGGUCAUUGACCUGGAUGAAACCCUUGUGCACAGCUCCUUUAAGCCAAUCAACAAUGCUGACUUCAUAGUGCCUGUAGAGAUUGAAGGGACCACUCACCAGGUAUAUGUGCUCAAGAGGCCUUAUGUGGAUGAGUUCCUGAGACGAAUGGGGGAACUCUUUGAAUGUGUUCUCUUCACUGCCAGUCUGGCCAAGUAUGCUGAUCCUGUGACAGACCUGCUGGACCGGUGUGGAGUAUUUCGGGCCCGCCUGUUCCGGGAGUCCUGUGUGUUCCACCAGGGUUGCUAUGUCAAGGACCUUAGCCGCCUAGGGAGGGACCUGAGGAAAACCCUCAUCCUGGACAACUCGCCUGCUUCUUACAUCUUCCAUCCAGAGAACGCAGUGCCUGUGCAGUCCUGGUUUGAUGACAUGGCAGAUACUGAGUUGCUGAACCUGAUCCCAAUUUUUGAGGAACUGAGUGGAGCAGACGAUGUCUACACCAGUCUUGGACAGCUGCGGGCCCCUUAGCCUUCCUGCUUCUAAGCAAUGGCCAUCCCAGUAGGGGACUUUGCUAUAUUGUGCCUUUCUGAUCAGCCUGAUGGAUCAAGCAGAAGCUGGAGCAUCUCACCAAAUGGGUUCUGGAAAUAGAGUGAUUGGAAAGAACUUUAGGGCAGGUCAGAUGUCAGGUGGGCAAAUCAGACCAAUGAUAUCCAGAAUCACCCACUGCCUAAGUUGGGUUCCUGAGGUGUGUGUGUGUGUUAGUGAGUGUGUGUGUGUAUUAGUGUGUGUGUUUGUGUGUGUAUGCGCGCAUGUGUGUGUGUUUUGCAGUGCCCCGGAUAUUCAGUGUUUGAGGGGGCAGAAGCUGAAAGAUCAAGAUUCUUCCCAAGUUAGUGUGUCUCCUCUCCUGUCACCCUACAAGCCACUGAGCUUUAUAGGGAUGAAGACUGUUGCUCCAUUGCCAAACCUUGGCCUUUCCUCAGUGUCAUAGUAUGACAAGGAAAGGAAGGGCCAAAGGCUGCCCUUGGAUGUCCCAGACACAUACCUUCCUGAAAACUUGCUCCAGCCAGCUGCUGCAGACAAAAAGAUGCCAUUUCUUGGAAGAUGAGAACUUGUUCCAGAACCAGUGCUCCCAUGGCCAUCAGGUCCUGUGGCCCAAGAGUUGCACUUGCCUUUAGCUGAGUGCCAGCCAUGGACCCUGUCUCCCCAAGGCUUGGGUACUGGGCUUGCCUCCUCACUUCCUAGCCAUAGCCUUGAUCCUGUGAGGAAGGAAGUUUUUUCCUUGCGCUGGAAGUGGACAGAUAACUGAUAUCCGUUCUUUUGACUCUGUUUAAAAUUCUCUUUCUAAACAUGGAGUGGUGGGCCUCAUUUGUUUCUGGCAAAGCUGCAGUCCUGGGCCCGAGAUAGAUGUGGGAGGCACUGGGCGUUCAGGGAAGAGAGAAAUCCUCAAAGCAUGAACUUGUGUCCCCUUGGCUUCCAGAUCAGCCAAGCUUCUUUCGGAGUCUGCUCUUCAGGGAUUCUGCUGGUGCUGGCACAAGGACAUUGUUCCAAAGGCUGGGAAGGGCUCUCAGUUGCCCCAGCCCCUCCCAUUACGUGGGCAGGGCUCUUUCCUGUUGUGUCUUCCCUUGGGGCCUGUCCUGUGCCAAGCUUUGUCUGUUCUAGCCUUCAUCUUUCCUAGCUAUUGCUUUUCUUCCCCAUGGCCUCAGAAGUCCUACUUUUCCAGGACUGAGGGGGAAUGGGUGUUCUUGUCAUUUGGUUGCCAACCUAAUGCACAUAACUCCUGUCUCUGGUAACAGGAGCGAGUGAGCCCCUCACAGACCUGUACACUCAGUGUCUCUUGCUUACAAAGGUUCUUAAUAGUGAACACUUUAAAAAAUAAUCACAAAAUGGAAGUUUCCCCAGGGUGGUAAACAAAAGAGGAAGUGCUGCUAUAAUUGGGAGCACAAGGGGGUUCCCCCCAAAAGGGAGCCCCACCUCAGCAUCACUGCCUUAAUCAUGGCCUCCCCCAGGGUUGGGUGAGGUUCUCUCCUUUCUUCCUCCCUCCUCCUGGGUGGGAAGGAAUUCCCCAUCUCUCUUCUCCCUUGAACCAGGUGUCACAAAGCAUUUGUGAAUUGCUUUAGGUGCAGGUCACCACCCACUCAGGACUCAUGCCCUUACCAUUUUCAGUUUGCACACCUCUAGGUCCAGCCUCAGGAAUGAACCAGCUUCAAGAAAGCCAGGUGGUGAAACAGCAGCUCAGUGUUCUGAGUAGUAGCUGUCUGGCUAACAUUGUGGUUAUAUUUUCCCUCCUUGCCCCAAGGUUGUGAGGCCUUAUCUUGCUCUUUGGUGUUACAGAAGUGGAACAGAAACCCCAUAGUUCAUGUUGUUUACCCUAGCAUCAUUCCCUGUUGCUUGGGAGGAGGCGGGGGUGAGGGGUUCUGCUACAGAUGAAGAGAAGACUCCAUGUGUUAAUUAGGUACACCGGCUCUUUCAGGAACAUGAGAGCUCAGAAUUGUAAGGUUUUCAGGUUCAGGCCCUGACCUCGGCCACCAUCCUAAUGCAGGAGGGGCCUGUUCCCAAGCCCUACUUUAAGAGUUAGCCUUUAGACAAUUCUAUCAUUUGGUUCACCCAAGCUUUUCUGACUAAGCAAUAAGAGGCUCAAGGCUAAUUUGAGUUCCAAGGACCCUUCUGCUCUCCCUCCUGUGACUCUCUGUGUUUUUCCAUGUGGAAGAAGAGCCUGUGCUACCCCGUUUCCUAUCAGGCUUGUCUAAGUGCUUGGAGUGUGACGUAUGACCAAAGCCUAAGAUGGCUUGGUGGCAGUGUCCCUGCUGCUUUUGCAUGAAGCCCUUGUUUGUAGACCCUGCUGCCGUAAGCACUCUGAUUGUCACCUGCAAUUUUUCACAGAAAUGCUACUCCCACCCCUUUUCUUUCCCAGAGAAGCAACUCAGCCAAACCUAAACAGGGUCUGUCUGCAUGGACCAGAGCCAGCCUAAAGUCAUUUGCUGCCUGCUUUCUAGUUUUAGUUUGUUGGGGGCAAGUGAUGAUUGUGGAACUUGCUCCUCCAAGGAAUCAGGCAGACUUACUUGGAGGAGGGCAAGAUUGGGAAGGAGCCAGUCCAUCCCGUGAUCUGUUCUAGGACUUGCCACCAGCCCUUCCCAUUUGAAACUGGUCUUUGGGAGUCACUAGGCCACCGUGCCUGUUGUCAACACCAGCUUAAGCCCUGCCAGGAAUCUGCCCACCUUCCAGGUUUCAGUUUUCUAAGGUGCCUCUUCAGGGACACAGUGUGUCUCUCUGAUUGGGCUUCUAAGUCAAAAGCCUGAUGUUCGUGUCCCUCUUAUAGGGGGAGCUUUGGACACAGGACCAGUUUGGUAAAGGGUCAGGUAAGGGUUUCCACUCUGCACAUUGUAGAGGGGACACUCUGUAGGCCCAGGGAUCCCUUACUGGAGGAGUUAAGUGAAUUUGCCUUCAGUUAACCUGGGACCUUCUGUUUAGCAACCUCUUGCCUCCCAAAGAUUUUUAUGUAAGUAUAUAGACUCACCUCUGUUAACAGUGGCCCAGAAGCUUCUUUGUGCUAAAAGCAUGGGAGUUAUCACUGGGGAAUGGGCCCUGUGCAACUUGCUGCCCCUACCCUGUUCCUGAGGCCCCAUUAAUGGGCAGCCCCAGCGUGGCUGUUCUGCCUCUAGUGUCCCACCUAGGCUAGGUGUGUGUGAAAGGGAAGCCCACCGCCCCCUUCUGGCUUCAGUUGGUUACUUAGCCACUGUUGUUCUUUAGUCUUUUUUUUUUUUUAAAAACAGAGGCUUUGUUUUGUUUUUUUUUUUUUAAACACCAGUAACUGUAUAUUCAACCAGGGGAGAGGACGUCAGAGGUGUGGCCAGCUGCCCCGCUCCUUCAAUGUGGGGUCCCUGGCCCUGGAAUACACCCUCCCCAUUGGCUCAUGAGCUGCUUUGCUUGUAAUUAUCCCAAAUUUGCUGUGUUCCCCUUUCAAGAUGGCCAUUUUAGGUGGGGGUGGGGGGAUUCUGCUUCCCACUGUGACUGGGCUAUGGGAUUCUGACUACCUUGCUUCAUGAUUUGAUAAAUUUGUUGUAUUCAAAAACUUGAAGUAUAGGAUGCCAUUAAGUGUCUGUUUAUAUUUUUGGAAUAUUUGUAUUACUUACAAUUAAUAAAAGCGGUUUUAAAAAACCUGUUGAGCAAUGGGAGCUGCCUUCUCAUCCUGCCAUUAUCCGUUUGGGCACUCAGCGAGCAUAUCCUUCUUACCUUGUUACCCCUUUGGUCAUAAUUGCUGGAGCACCCAGGUUGAACACACACUGAGCUUCAGGUCAAGGUUACAGAAGUUGGACUACAUUAGCUCUUUCCUGGCCCCCAUCGGGAACCAACUCCAUUGCUGUCCAGGAGCUUAACAAGCAUAUGCUUGGUGUCCUAUUGACUGCCUGGCAUGAACCAGAAGCCCCAAGAGAAUUGAGUACAUUCUCCUGCACCCCUCCCUGAUGCUGCCAAAGCAGGGGAGCCCUGAAAUUCAGAGCCCAUUAUGGCUCCUGGCACAUAGUAGGCACUCGUAUUGGACUGAGGGGUGAUUAGUGGAGACCCCAAGAAGCAAAACCUUCCUGAGCCCUCCCUCUCACAGACCUCUGUCCCUCUGAGAAAUAGACCAGAAGCUUCUCAGGGAGGCUCUGCUGCCUGUCAUCCGCGUAAUGCAUUCAUAUCUACAAUAUGGCAAAUUUCAUAUCCUCCCUCCUUCCUGCAUUAUUUAUGGGCUGAGCACUUUAAAAAAAUCAAUAGAUCAGGGUGUGGAGCUGGAGUUCAAAGAAGCCUUUAAAAGUCUGCUCUUGUUUUUGCUGUUUUGAAUAGGAACAGAUAAAGCUUUCCCUCUGGUUUGAAUAAGUCAAGCCCAGGGCUAGGCUGGCUGUGAUUGGCCAGAACUAGGAAAAUGUGGUUAAGAUGCAAACACAAGCAAAUAUAACUCAGUGUCUGCAGCCAUUGCUCAGCUAAGGCGGCCAGACUUGGAGCCUCCUGCUUUGGGGGGCAUUUCAAUACUGCUGCUGCUUACUUACCAGGAAACUGAAGACGUGAGAAGAAGGCAAGGUAAGGUCUGGUUUAUGGGUGUUUGUUAGCCGGAUAAUCCUACAGAAUAAGGCAGAAUGGAAAGGAAGAGGAGAUGGAAAUUCCUUUGGCUUUGUCUUCUGAGAUGAGACUUCUAAAGGGUUGACCCAGGAGUUUGUGCCAGUUUUGCAAGCUUCCUGUUGAGAAGUAUAGAGGCAUUUUUAAAGACCACUGGAUAGGACAAAGACAGGACUUUGUUCAUCCUUCCUCCUUUAAAAAAUUACCGGUAUGGUGGUAUGGGUGCCUGGUAGUGGUGAACGCUUGUAACCCCAGCACUUGGGAAGCAGAGGCAGGAGGAUCACAAGUUCAAGACCAGCCUGGGUUACAUAGUGAGACCCUGUCUUUAAAAAAAGAUGGUAUGGGACAAGGCAGAAGUUAAAACCAGUUUCCUCUGCUUGGGGUCCAUCCACAGGGGUAUCCUUGUGAAAUUAAGAGCCGCUGCCUUCUAACCUGGAAUUUCAAAAUGUACCCCACUCCAGGGAUCUCAGCAGUCCUCUCAAAGGAUUCUGAGUUAAGGACUUGAGGAAGGGAGAGAGACCCAGCUUUGGGGGACUUUGAUACUGCAGAUGGAAUUAGAUUUUCUGGGUGUUGCAGUGUGGCAAGAAGUCUCUUCUUGGAGCAUCUCCUCCUGCAUUUGGGGUCCCUGGCUCAGUGAACUUCCCAAUUGUGAAGUCCCUGCUGGGAAAUGCGACUGCUUUGGGGCUCUAAGACUCAAUCCUAAAGACAGUAUCUUUGGCUUUUACCAGGUUCACGCUUGUCUCCAAAGAAUGAAUUCAUUGGCCCCAGUCCCCUUCCCCUAGGUGGGUCAUGCAUUUGCCUUUACCAACUGAAACCUAGGGUCUGAAGAAAACCUGAACAAAUAUUUCCUGGCAAUUCUGAGCAGCCCAGGGUGGGGCAGUGCAAGUUAUCAAAUUAAAUCCUCAAACACUGGCUGUUCCGCAUCAUCGAUCUGCUUUAGUCCUG